ACCACCGCAAACAUGGUGAAAUACUUCUCUGUGGACUGGAUGAUCCAAACUGACUCGCCAGCAAACAAAGAUUUGGACCCCAAGGAGACGUCUUCGGCCCAACUGCGACCACACGUCCCGUGUGUUGUGCAGCCACGCCAGCCCACAUCUUUUGAUAGAUCUUACCUUCAGCCAAAACCAAAAGUUAAGAAGUCUUUGGAUUUUACCGAGAAGUCAACCGACCAGGACUCCAGCCAAUUGAACAUGACCGCAGACUGUCGCCCAGUCAGUUGCUCCUCACCAAUUUCAGAAAUCAGUGGCUAUUCAUCUGGAUACGAAAGUGAAGCGGCCUCCUCCGAAUGUCCUUCCGUUGACGAUGGGAUGGAUGCAGAGAGGGAGGGCGCACAGCGCCGGGUCAGGACCAAAUUCACACCGGAGCAAAUCCAGAAGCUGGAGAAGAUCUUCAACAAACACAAAUACCUGGAUGCAGGGGAGCGGGCCAAAACAGCACUGAAACUGAACCUCUCCGAAACUCAGGUGAGAACCUGGUUCCAGAAUCGAAGAAUGAAGGUGAAACGUGAGGUGCAGGAUUUGCGCGCUGACUACCUACCACCCGGGCUUCCCGCCAUGCUGUACUCCGCUGUUCCAUCCGUGCAGUACCAGAACUACAGAGGGCAGCCGAUUCCCUUCGCCUCUGCCACCAACAUGUUUUACUCGCCUAUGGGUCAACAAGUCCCGGUCCAGCAAAUGAUCAGCCACCCGCCCGGCGGCGUUCACCCAGCGAUGCCAGCUUCUUAUUACUAUUGACACUGACAGAAAAAUCAAACCCCAUAGCUGCUGACACUUAUGCUGAAGUGCAAUAUCGGAUGCCUAUUUUUUUGACCUGUAAAAAGUGUAAAUGACAAAUGAAGAAAUUAUAUCCGAUUUGUAGAGAUUGAAGAGUCUAUUUAUUGUUAUGUUGAGAUUAAUAAAAC